GGGACGCUUAUUAUAUGCUAUAACAGCUUGUGAACGACGUCUUUAUUCUAAUUAAUAUUGAACUUAAUUAAAAUAGAUCUUAUGUAUCGGUAAUUUGUGGAAUUUGUAUUUAACCAAAUGGCAUGCAGACAGUUCGUAAAGAAAUGCCACGGGUUUUUGGGUGUGCUCAGCCGCGCAGGACUACUUGAACUUUUUUUCCUGAACGGAGUAUUCAAGUCCAGCAGUGUCGUCGGACUGUACCGUAGUUUUCAACGGCUUUUGUAAACCCUGGGCACACUUUUUAUUCACGGAGUGGCCAGACUUCAAGAUGUCUCAACCAAACAGGAAUAACUAUUCGCCUUUGGAGGAGCCCAACCCCACAGCUCCCAUUGUAUAUGGGCAGCCGAACCCUCCAGCGUAUGGAAUGAAUAUACCGAACACGCAGGAGAUGCCUAACCCGUUUGGGGGUCCAGGCCCCGCUCCUGGGGGCCUCCCAUUCCCUCCGCCUGGGGCCUUCGGCCAGCCCAUGUACUCACAGGGUAUGGGGAGCCCAGGAUACGGCUUUGCGCCCAACGCUCCCAUGCCGGAUGCCUACGGUCAAGGCUAUGUCAACCCAAAUCACGACCCAAGCACUGCUUACCACAGCGAUGACCCGCCACCAGCCUUCUAUGACAACGCUGAUUUCGGCUCUGGGUUGGACAACAAGAGCAUAAGACGAGCCUUCAUCCGCAAGGUGUUCUUGGUGUUGACUGUCCAGCUGUUGGUGACAUUCUCCUUUGUGACUGUAUUCACCUUUGUGGAGUCCAUCAAAGUCUUUGUCAAGGCACACACAUGGACCUACUUUGUGUCCUAUGCGGUCUUCUUUGUCUCACUCAUCUCCAUUUCCUGCUGUGGAGAGUUUCGCCGAAAACAUCCAUGGAACCUAAUUGCACUAUCGAUCCUGACCCUCGCUAUGUCCUACAUGGUUGGGAUGAUAGCAAGCUUCUACGACACAGACUCUGUCAUCAUGGCUGUGGGAAUCACUGCUCUGGUCUGCUUCACCGUCGUCAUCUUCUCUCUCCAGACCAAAUACGACUUUACAUCCUGCCACGGUGUGCUGUUUGUGUGUCUUAUUGUCCUGAUCGUCUUCAGCAUUCUCUGCAUUUUCAUCCGCAACAAGAUACUGGACCUGGUCUACGCCUCAUUGGGUGCCUUACUUUUCACCUGCUUCUUGGCUGUGGACACUCAAAUGCUGCUUGGCAACAAGGAGAUGGCCCUAAGUCCAGAGGACUAUGUGUUUGCCUCGCUCAGCCUUUACACCGACAUCAUCAACAUCUUCCUCUAUAUCCUGGCUAUUGUUGUGAGAUCACGUAACUGAAAGCCUGUUCAAUAGAAGCACUUAAAGGAUGGAGUAUUUUGCAGGUUUACACUUAUCUAUUGAUUGUCAUCUAGAACAGCACAGCUUGGCUACUGUUUUAUUUUUUAUAUAUAUAUAUCAUUUUUAUAUAUAUAUAUAUCUCUAUCCCAAAUGUAAACUUUUUACUUGACCAGACAGGUAAUUGAAGAAUAAAGGACUGGCAAAUGCCUCCUUGGGGGCGGGGAUUCAAAGGCAGGCCUUUUCAAAUGACGAGGUAUUUCCCAAUAUGUGAAUUCUUGAGGCGCUGGACUAUUUUGUAGCGUAAAUAAAAAUAGAUCUCACUGUCGAGCGGUUGCUUUACAAGGUAGUGCACAUGUUUCUCACAAGGAGACCAACCCUUCUAGUUACUCCAGUGUGAGAAAAUUUGGUUACUUUGUUUUUUAACUGCAAUCGUUUUAUUGUAGAUGAAUGAGACUUGAUGCAGGUUUGCAUUUGAGUAAAAAAAAAAAAGAAAAUGUA